AUGGCCUCCCUUUUCACUAGGGCCAGACUGGUCACCCUGUCCAAGUUCGUCGCCGGCACCGCCGUUGCCGUUCCCGCGGGCUUCCAUCUGUGGACCCGCCAAUGCGCGUUCGAAGAGUCCUUCUCGCCCGCCACUGAUCCCAUCUUCCAGCACCCAAUCCUCAAGAAGGUGAACCCAAAGAACAACCCGGACUUCCAUGACUGUUGCUUCCGUACCGUGCCAUUCGAUAAGAUUCGCCCAGACCUGCUUGAAGAUGCGCUGAACGGCGGAUCGAAGCUCGUGGAGGCGUACUCGGCGGGCGUCUGGGGGCGAUAUGCGUUCACCAUCCAGCGUAAACUCAUGGAAAAGGCCAGGAAAAUCGAGUCUAACGCGGGUGAUAUUUGGGAUAAGGAGGGGCUGUUGAAGAGCACAUACCCGAUCGUCGACUUACUGAACAUCCUAGGCACAAUCUUUGCUGAUGACUUCGUCGUCGUCGACAAGAGCCCAAAUACCAUCAUGCUCCGCGGCGGUCUGUCGCCCAGGGUAGCACCCGACGGCCCUCGCGAGAUGGAUACGUUUAUCACGCUCACCACUGAGCUCGACCCCCAGACUCGAGUUGCCAAGUUCAAGCUCAAGUCCAUGGUUCUCGACGGAGUAAGCGACGGCAAGGGGGUACCUCUUGGAGGGUUCGAGAUCUUCCUGCAUCAGCAAUAUGCCAAGUUCCUGGUGACGGCCGGCGUGGAUCACUGCGUGGCAUAA